UAUCUCAAAUUGUAGCAUUGUAAGAACUGGAGUUACGGAACAUACACUGUUCUCGUCUUCUUCUUCUCUUGGUUUCUCAGUCGAAGAGGACCAGAGGUGGAACGAGCCGCGAAGAAGCAGCGGAAGAAGGAAGACCUAAUAAUCAGAAUAGUAUCAGAUGGGAGACCAAAAGAGGAAACGAGGUCGGAAACCGAAGCAACCAGCUGCCGAAACCAUGGAUUCACAAAGAAAUAGCAAUCCAGGUACCACUUCCUCCGCUGCCAUGGACGACGUAUUCUCCCUCAGCAAAGUUGAAAUCGACGAUUCCGAUCUACCUAAGGGACGCGGUGGUCGGGGACGGAAAGCUGCGAAGCAUUCUGAGAACGCAGAAACCUCUCUCGUCGCUUCUCCUGGUAGGAGGACUUCUCGUGCCGCCGAAAACAACAGUGAUUGUGUGCUUGCCAUGUCGGUCGGCGGUGACGUAGCUAUGCAUUCGGGUAUGGAGCCACUGCCCGGAUGGGAGAAUGUUGUGAAGGUGGUGCCAUCCAUGGACGCGGUAGUUAAGGUGUUUUGUGUUCAUACAGAGCCCAAUUUUUCCCUUCCUUGGCAACGCAAGCGACAGUAUAGUUCCAGCAGUAGUGGUUUCAUCAUCGGUGGAAGGAGGGUGUUGACGAAUGCACACUCCGUGGAGCAUCAUACGCAGGUUAAGCUCAAGAAACGCGGCUCCGAUACCAAGUAUUUGGCCACUGUGCUAGCAAUUGGAACGGAGUGCGAUAUUGCGAUGCUGACAGUAAAUGAUGAUGAGUUUUGGGAAGGCGUUUCACCAGUGGAAUUUGGCUCCUUGCCUGCACUCCAAGAUGCUGUCACUGUUGUAGGCUACCCUAUAGGAGGAGACACAAUUUCUGUGACCAGUGGUGUGGUGUCACGCAUGGAAAUCUUGUCGUAUGUUCAUGGGUCAACUGAACUUUUGGGUUUGCAGAUAGAUGCUGCUAUAAACUCGGGGAAUUCUGGUGGGCCUGCUUUUAAUGACAAGUGUAAAUGUGUGGGAAUUGCAUUUCAGUCCCUUAAACAUGAAGAUGCAGAGAAUAUAGGUUACGUCAUACCAACCCCCGUCAUCAUGCACUUCAUUCAGGACUAUGAGAGGAAUGGAGAAUAUACAGGAUUCCCCAUUCUCGGAGUUGAGUGGCAAAAGAUGGAAAAUCCUGAUUUGCGGAUGGCAACGGGGAUGAAACCCGACCAGAAGGGCGUUCGCAUAAGAAGAAUUGAACCUACUGCCCCGGAAUCUCAGGUUUUGAAGCCAUCCGAUAUUAUUCUCAGCUUUGACGGAAUUGAUAUUGCUAAUGAUGGAACAGUUCCUUUCAGACAUGGAGAGCGUAUCGGUUUUAGUUACCUUGUUUCCCAAAAGUACACUAAAGAGAAUGCUGUAGUUAAAGUUCUCCGCAAUUCGGAAAUUCUUGAAUUCAACAUCAAACUCGCAACUCACAAACGGCUUAUCCCAGCGCACAUCAAGGGCAGACCUCCUUCAUAUUACAUUAUUGCUGGAUUUGUCUUUACAACUGUAACUGUUCCAUAUCUCCGGUCUGAGUAUGGAAAGGAUUAUUUUUUGGAUGCACCAGUCAAACUGUUGAACAAACACAUGCAUGCAAUGGCACAAUCAGAAGAUGAACAGCUUGUGGUGGUUUCUCAGGUGCUCGUGGCUGAUAUCAAUAUUGGGUAUGAGGACAUUGUGAAUACUCAGGUUCUUGCUUUCAAUGGUAAGCCUGUUAAGAAUCUGAAGAGCUUGGCCAGCAUGGUGGAGAAUUGUGAAGAUGAAUUUUUGCAGUUUGAUCUGGAGUACCAGCAGAUAGUGGUCCUCCAGACAAAGACGGCCAAGACAGCAACACUGGAUAUUCUCACUACUCAUUGCAUACCGUCAGCAAUAUCUGAUGAUCUCAAGAAAUGAGCUAGCAGUGUAGUGGCUGGCCAACUAUCCAAGUUUGUCUUUUUGUAGACCCCUAAAUUAGAGAAUGCAGUACUCAGUAGCACUCGGCCGAUAGAAUCUUAAAUAUCAGUCAAAAUAAGUAGGUAAAUUGCUGCUACUAUAG